AUGAAGCUUGUGUUUGCCACUUUGCUACUUGUCACACUCCUUCUGGGCUCCACUUUCAUGCCUGUCACCAUGGCUGAUUCAGACUUCUGUAAACACAAGUGCAAAUUUAGGUGCUCUGAAGCUAAAAAGAAGCCGCAUUGCUUGAAGGACUGCCAUCUCUGCUGCAAGGAUUGCCACUGUGUGCCUUCGGGGACAUAUGGGAACAAAGAUGAGUGCCCAUGCUACAGAGACAAAAAGAACGAAAGGGGCAAGCCAAAGUGCCCUUAA